AUGGCAAAUCCACUCGGCAACCUUGCGAAGUGGGCAUUCCCUUCAGCAAUCGCGUUGUCCUUCGCCCAAUCCUCCAUCUACGAUGUCAAAGGCGGAACCAGAGCAGUGAUCUUCGACCGAGUGUCUGGAGUCAAGGACAAAGUUGUGAACGAGGGCACGCAUUUCCUGAUUCCAUGGCUACAGAAGCCUAUCAUUUACGAUGUCCGGACUAAGCCGAGGAAUAUCUCGACGACAACGGGAAGCAAGGACUUGCAGAUGGUGAGCUUAACGCUCAGGGUGUUGCAUAGACCGGACGUUAAGGCUUUGCCCAAGAUUUACCAGAAUCUCGGUCAAGAUUACGACGAGCGUGUUCUCCCCUCCAUCGGAAACGAAGUUCUCAAAGCCAUCGUAGCGCAGUUCGACGCCGCAGAGCUGAUCACACAGCGUGAAGCAGUCAGCAACAGAAUCCGCACCGACUUGCUCAAGCGUGCCCAAGAAUUCAACAUUGAACUCGAAGACGUCUCCAUCACACACAUGACUUUCGGUCGCGAGUUCACGCGAGCUGUAGAGCAGAAGCAGAUCGCGCAGCAAGAUGCAGAGAGAGCUAGAUUUAUCGUUGAGAAGGCGGAGCAAGAGAGACAGGCGAAUGUCAUUAGAGCCGAGGGAGAGGCUGAGUCUGCAGAUACGAUUAGCAGGGCGGUGGCGAAGGCUGGUGAUGGCUUGAUUAUGAUAAGAAGGAUUGAGGCCAGUAAAGAGAUUGCACAGACGUUGGCGGGUAACCCCAACGUUACAUAUCUGCCAGGUGGUGGAGAGGGUGGUAAGGAGGGAGGUGGCAAGUUCUUGCUUGGACUGAGAUGA